AUGGUGCCCAAGGCGCGGGCGCUGAGCCGCGCGGAGCGGGUCCAGGCCAUCGCAAACCUGCUGCGGCAGUGCCCGGCCGAGGAGUUUGCCAUGGCCUUCAACGACCUGCGGGCACUGCUGGUGGAUGACAGCCUCCUGCUGCAGGAAGCCCCUGGCCUCUGCGCCUGGCACCACAAGGUCCACUUCAUGCCCGUGAGAACGCCCGAGUGCCGCGUGCUGCUCACGUGCCACAACACGCUAGAGGAAAACCGCUACUUUGACCCGCAGGCCCAGGUCUCCUUCAAGUACGACCAUGUGCGAGGCGAGGCUGGCGAUUUUCAGGUGUACGCCCAGGAAGACGGCAAAGCAGAGAUGUGGAGGAGGUCUCUUGAGGAAGCCCUGGGCACCUAUGUCAGCCACCACUACCCAAAAGGCCUCUGCAGCGUCUUCGUUAAAGACACAGCCAUGAGGAAAAUCCUGGUGGCCUGUAUCCAGGCCUCCAUGCCCAAGCCCUCUCCCUUCUGGAGCAGCCUUUGGAAGUCCGAGUGGACUUUCACCCUCAGCCCUUCCACAUCUACGCAGGUGACGGGAACCAUCGAUGUCCAAGCUCACUACUUUGAGGGCGGCAAUAUCCAUCUCGCAGCGUGCAAGGAGGUGACCCUGCCCCUGCCAGUUGCCAGCCGAACGCAGGCCAUCAGGGCCUUUGUGAAACUGGUGGAGGACUCCGAGGGCCAGCUCCAUGCGGGGCUCAUGGAGGAAUACCAACGGAUGAAUGACACCUACCUCAAGGCCUUCCGGAGACAGCUGCCCAUCACCCACAGCAUGAUCGACUGGGAGAAGAUCAUGACGGGGAGGAUUGUGACGGUCCCUGCCCUGCACUAA